GUGAACCGACCCUGUUAAAGUAGUUUUUACGAUGAAACUCGUCGGAAUUGGCAUUGUUACGGUAGGCGGGUUAGGUGUGGCCCGGGCUGACCUGCCUAUCCACGGGCUGAUGAAUGAUGUCUUGGGAACGUGGAAGUUCACGAUCGGAGCUGAUGGAAGCGACCAUCCAACGUCGUGUGGCAGCGGCGCGCCCAACUUUAACCUUGAGAACCUAAGGCCAGCGUUGAGCAAUUACGCCUCGUGGCUCGCGUCACAGAGUCCCGUGGAGACGGAAGUGGAGUUGAGUCUGACGGACAAACUUAUUCGAAAGAAUAGCGACAUGGCGCCGAGGAACAACUGGAAGUAUUUAGCUGUUACUCUUCCCUCCAAACCCGACGUACCCGUUGGUACGUGGACGAUGGUCUACGAUGAAGGCUUUGAGGUUCGGCUGCCGAACCGCCGCUUUUUCGGUUUCUUGAAGUACUCUCGAAAGAACGGUAAAGAGUGUCCUAGAAGGCUGAAUGGAGACAAUGAGGAUUCUUUCGGGGAAACAAGGUGUUACGUAACGGACCCUAGCAAGAUACAUAUGGGAUGGACAGUUGAGGAGUCGAAAGAUCAGCAUCAACUGAAACACACUUGGGGGUGUUUCUAUGGAGAGAAAACAAGGAAGGAAGAAAGGGAAGAGAGCAUUCCAGCUGUUGUUCUUGAAAACACAGCCUAUCAGCUGCCCACCAUGCCUUCGUUGUCGUCACUCACCGACGGCAUAUCACCACCGAAGACCUGGACACCUACGGUCCACCGCCAGUUUGCCAAUGCCUCGCCUCGGGAUCUUUCCCUGUACAAGGGACAGCUGGGUUUUCGGAAGUAUCACCCGCUUGUAGAAUAUGCUCUGCCAACUUUUCUACAGAAAGAUCGAACUGGAAGUAAACAGCAACGUACCAUAUGCAACGCAGCCGAGACCGUUUUAGAACGGCGCAGCAAACCACCCAAACAAUGGACAUGGGGAGACCCAUUUCUUUCCAAGUCAUGGAAGCCGGAAACAGAUCCCGUGGUCAAUCAGGGGGCUUGCGGGAGCUGCUACGCUGUCUCGUCUGCGUAUAUCUUGCAGAAGCGAUUCGAAAUUAUGUUCAGCAAGCUGUUUCCGGGAGAAAAUACGACUGUUUUCGAAUCGCCUCUGUCUGCCCAGUCCAUUUUGAGCUGCUCUCCUUACAAUCAAGGGUGCGACGGUGGAUAUCCGUUCCUGGUGGGAAAGCAUGCCAAGGAAUUUGGCUUUGGUACGGAACAAUGCCAGAGAUAUUCUGCCAGCCACGAUCCCCAAGUUGCUUCUUGUCAGAUGAAUAUCGGCUCAGUGAACAGAACACCAGAACACUCUGCCCCAGGAUGCGGACCAGAUGAUCGCUGGUACGCGAAGGAUUACAACUACGUUGGCGGUUUCUACGAAGGGUGCAACGAGGAAAAGAUGAUGAAUGAGAUGUAUCAUCAUGGGCCAGUCGUGGUUGCGAUUGAUGCGCCAGACACACUCUUCAUGUAUCAAAGCGGAUUGUUUGACUCUCAGCCGUCUGAACACGGCAAAAUCUGCGAUAUCCCCAAGAAAGGCUUCAACGGUUGGGAGUACACAAACCAUGCAGUUGCGGUGGUGGGUUGGGGAGAAGAUGAACCUGACAAUGCUACAGGAAAACCAAAGAAGUUCUGGGUUGUGAGAAACACUUGGGGCAGCAACUGGGGAACUCAUGGCUACGUGAAGAUACCCAGAGGCGAGAAUAUGGCUGCCAUCGAAUCCCAGGCGGUUUACUUCGACCCAGAUCUCACAAGGGGGAGAGCAGCCCAGCUCAUCAAGCAGUACAGAAAACAACGUGAAGCAUAAUACACCCUAGACCGCUUUGCUGACACCAAUAUUUUCGAUCAUCUCAGAAUUUGUCGGCAACGGCGGGCAGUUGCAAGUGGAUGAAUCACGUCCAAGUGCACGAAAAGCAACGAUUCCGGCCAUGAAUCAACCAACACUGCGUUUAACUCUUCCCAGGAGUAUGCUGGCUGUAACAUUUCUUCUCCGCUCUGCUUACGGGAUAAAGACGUCGCAUGAUGGCAUGUGCAUAAGAUCUAGCUGACUCCUCUCCGCUGGGAGCUUCCAACGACAUAUCAUGAUGUUUCCUCAAGCUGACAGCUGCUUCACUUCUCGAUAGCAACAAGGUCCUGCGGUUCGGAUGCCGGUAGCGUUCUACCUCGUAAAAGCAAAGACGUUCUUCAAAAUGUGGUCGCCAUGACCUUGUCAAAAACACGAAAUAGCAACACACACUGAAACGAACGCAGCGUAUGAUCCGUAGCCGCACUCAAGAAUCAUACGCAUUUGUAUGUUAAUCUUUCUGUUGGACUGGCAGGCUGAGGCUGAUGACAUCCCAUCACUUCGCCUUUACAGCGCCUUUAUCAUAAGCCCCCGAAGGAUUGACAUUCUUCAAUACGAGCGAGACAAGCAUUUGUCAACGUAGCUUGGAUGUUGACAA